AAUGAUCCUUACAUUAGGGGGUCAGUGGAAUGAAGGCCCCCCUUACACUGGGGGUCAGUGGGAAGAAUGUCCCUUACAUUGGGGGGUCAGUGGAAGAAUGUCCCUUACAUUGGUGGUCAGUGAGAAGAAUGUCCCUUACAUUGGGGUCAGUGAGAAGAAUGUCCCUUACAUUGGGGGUCAGUGGGAAGAAUGCUCCUUACAUUGGGGGUCAGUGGGAGGAAUGUCCCUUACACUGGGGCAGUGGGAAGAAUGUCCCUUACAUUGGUUGUCAGUGGGAAGAAUGGGCCCUUACAUUGGAGGUCAGUGGAAAGAAUGUCCCUUAUUGGGGGGUCAGUAGGGAAGGA